AUGGCUGAAGAACUACAAGCACCCGAAGAAACGCUCCAGGCUAUGGCAAAGGAUUUUAAACUUGAUAUUUCCGAACAAAGGAAAAGUACAAUUGCUUGCAUGAUUUUUAACCACAUUGAUAAAGAAUUGAUGGACAAAAACGAGCAACAACGAAUGUUAUUUCGCUCACGUUACUUUAAGAGCACAAAAGAAAAAGAUGUUUCAGAAUCAGUACCCCCUGUAAAGCAAAACGCAGGACAAAGCACAUUACAAGGCAUGUUAGAAUCUACAAGUGUAUUUCGUCGACAAUUUAAGAUUGUGGGACAAAUUGGACAGCCCGGCAAAUGA